GGUCGCACGCCUUUGGUCCGAAAACUGCUGGAGUCUGAAACGGCUCGGACUUGCUGGAGGCAACCCGGUCAACCUGCGGAUGCUGUGAACCAGGAGCUGCGCAAAAAGCGGGAGAGCUCCAGGAUUCCUUCCCGGAAAAGUGCAGACAAAACCCCUGCCAGGCAGUUCCCAACACACAGGCCUUCAGGCAACAUCCCAGGGCAACAGCUUCUUCAGUCAGAAGACGUUUCUCCCAGAUCUGACAGCAGACCAGAUGUUUGUAAGGCCUGAAUUUGCAGACAAGAACGAGCACUCCAAUAUUAUUUACUAAUGCAUAUAUGGAUAGCUCCUCCUGCUGAAGACUUUUAUGUUUUGUAGGCGCUCUGCACGCAGAGAGUGGUGGGAAUUUCUAAGAUUGGAGAGCAUGGCUACUAAGAAACUGCGAAGAGCAAGGUUGUCUCAGGAGCUGUGUGAAAGGCUGAGUCGCCAUCAGAUCACUACCUGUCAGGACUUUUUAUGUCUUUCCCUCUUGGAGCUGAUGAAGGUGACGGGACAGAGCUAUUAUGAUGUGCAGAAACUCCUCUGUAAAGUCAGCCGAGCUUGUGCUCCCAAAAUGCAGACAGCUUAUGAAAUGAAACUAAAGAAGUCUGUCAGUCCCUCUUCAGCCUUUUUAUCCACCACGCUACAUAGUUUGGAUAAAGUCUUGCAUGGUGGAGUGCCCUGUGGAUCCCUCACAGAGAUAACUAGCCCACCAGGUUGUGGCAAAACUCAGUUCUGUAUUAUGAUGAGUGUUCUAGCUACACUGCCUCUAAGCAUGGGAGGACUAAAUGGGGCUGUUAUAUACAUUGACACAGAGUCUGCCUUCAGUGCUGAAAGGUUGAUUGAGAUAGCAGGAAACAGACUCCCUACCUAUUUUGACUCAGAUGAAAAGCUCUUCUGCAUGACCCGUAGCGUUCACGUGUAUCGAGACCUGACCUGUGGCAGUGUGCUGAAAAGGAUUAUGUCUUUGGAAGAAGAAAUUAUCUCAAAGAAAGUUAAACUCAUAAUAAUUGACUCUGUUGCUUCAGUUGUCAGAAAGGAGUUUGACACAAAACUGCAAGGCAACCUGGCAGAGAGGAGUAACUUUUUGGCUAGAGGAGCAUCAAUGUUGAAGUAUUUGGCAGAGGAGUUCUCAAUACCAGUUAUCUUGACGAAUCAGAUUACCACAUCGCUGAGCAAUAGCCCUGCGAUCCAGGCAGACCUGGUGUCUCCAGCUGAUGAUUUGUCCCUGUCUGAAGGAGCUUCUGGAGGUGGGAAGAGGGAAUCUGGUUGUGUGACAGCAGCCCUUGGCAACACAUGGAGUCACAGCGUCAACACCAGGCUCAUACUACAGUAUCAUGACUUGCCAACAAGACAGCUCCUCGUUGCUAAAUCCCCUGUUGCUCCGUUCUCCGCUUUUUUCUACACCAUUGAGAAAUCAGGCUUGGUUCUUCAAGGUUUGUUACUCGCUUGGAGUUGGGCCCAGUGGUUCUGCCUAGAGCAUCUUCCAAUGGCUUCCCAAGGAGCCAUUCUGCUGGGUGAGGAUCACCAGGUGCAGACAUUUGACCGGCCACAAGUCCGCAGCCAGGUUUCAGGCCGUAGGAAUGCCAGUCUCCCAAUUCAUGGUCACCAGCAGGUGGCCAACUGAAGACCAGCUUCUGCAACAAUUGUGGUGCUCAUCAGCCCUCCCAGUGAGUGGUCUAAGGGAGCUCAGAAAUCUGUUCACUUUGUACUUCAGGUUGUCCUUUUGCCACUUUUGCUCCCUGAACUGACUUCUUGUGGAGAAAGAUGAGCACCAGUGCUUAGGGAAGCAGCAAGGCUGGAUGAAAGAGAUAUGGAGGACUGCAUGGGACUGUGUCUUUUUCUCGCCAUUCAUGGUAACAGCAAUUUGGCUCCAAUGUCAAACCAGGUGGGACAGUAAAGCAAAGCUACUUGCUUCAGGAUAGCAUACCCUCAGCUGCAGGUGUUGUAGUGGUAAAAAAGACCGGUGGCACAAGCCCAAGGAAAGCUGUAUGUUCCCAAUUUUUUCUAUGAAACAGACAACUCCAGGUUUUUUUAGAAGCUCUGACAGACCUGUGAGAACCCUAAACUAAUAAAGCGUGGCUUGAUACAGA